AUGAGCUGGUCCUCCACGGUAACUCGCUCGAGGCCGUCUCGCAAAAGCGCUGCGGACAUCCAGCAGAUUUGCAGAGUGCGGAAACAAGAUAUCCGGAAGUUCUUGGACGGCAUCUACGUCUCGGAGAAGGGCAACGUGGUUGAGGAUGCUGGGGGGGUGCACGCGCCAAUACCCGCCGUCCUCGCCCGGCUGCCCGCCCUCCUCCAGAACCUCAAGACGCGCCAGUUCGCCGACCCCGACCUGCGGGAGGACAUGGACAAACUGCGCGAGCUGCUGGACGAGUACACCAAAACCAAAACUACCUUCGACGAGUACGUCGGGGAGCUCAACUCGGGCCACCUGCGGUGGUCGCCGCCGCACCGCAACACGGUGUUCUGGGCGGAGAACGCGCGCAAGAUCCUCGAGUUCGAGAACGGCGCGCUGGUGCGCCGCCUCGCCGACAUCAUGCAGAAGCCCUGGGACCACGACCAGGCCGUGCUCGCCAUCGCCUGCAACGACGUCGGCUGCCUCGUCCGCGAGGUCCCCGAGAAGCGCGGGCAGCUCGAGCGCCUCGGCCUUAAGACCCGCGUCAUGGCGCUCAUGGCCGAGCAGGACGAGAAUGUCCGCUGGGAGAGUCUGCGUGCUCUCGGUGGAUGGCUGCAGUACAGCUUUGAUAGUACCAAGUAG